UGGAAAUAUUAAGACAACCACAGAGAAACGGGCAUAGGUUUCGAUAUACGUCGGAGCGUGGCAGUCAUGGAACCCUUGAGGCUGAGAAAAUGAUUGGGGAUCAGAAGAAAAAGGAGUAUGUUCGUGUCAAGUUGGUAGGUUAUGGAUCACGAGCUAAGAUAGUAGUAAGUUUGGUCACCAAAGAAUGUGAGUCGCACAUUCACCGAUUGGUAUCCAAAAAGUCCGAUCUCUCCGCUAACGAAUGGAGCCACCCAGAAAUACAAGUGGACAUGGCGUCUGAGAUGACUGCCACGUUCAGUGACAUAGCAGUUACGGUAGUUCCACAGAAGAUGCUGACGGAUAUGCACAUCAAAGAGCAUAUAUGUGCAGAAAAAGGAAAGAGCCGCAGUGUUCCUAUAAGCGCUGCUGUCAGGAAGAAGCUCGAUGAAGAACUGAAGUUGAAGAUUAAGAGGCUUAAAAAAUUUGACGGCCAGCACAUUGUGGUUCUCAAGUUUGAAGCAUAUUUGCUGAAUGACGAUGGCUCGACCGGUCCCCAGCUGUGCAGUCCUGUCUUUUCUAGUGAGGUAAUCAACCAAAGAUCAACCCAGAAUGGAGAAUUGAGGAUAUCUAAGAUUGGCAAGUCAUCAGAAUCUUGCAAAGGUGGUCACAGCAGAGAGAAAGAUAAUGAAAUGCUAAUGUUCACUAGUAAAGUAAAGAGAGGAGUACAGUGGUCUCCAGUAUCCUUUGUCGGGAUGAAUGGGCAUAUCACUUAA